AACGUAUCGAACGUGAGUGAAUUUGCAUUCGUUAAUUGUGUGAUUCGUCUGCGGAACCGCAAGAAUGUUACUCGGUUGGAAAAUUUGCUGCAGAAAAGUACAGCAACGAUGGGUGUUGGCGUUUAUGGGAUGUUUAGCAGCCGCGAAUACUUUUAUGAUGAGAACUUGCUUGUCGGUUGCCAUCAUUGCGAUGGUUACCAAGCCAGAAUCAUCGAACGACACAAGUUCAGACGAUACUUGUUCAGCAUCCGAUUUAACAUCGUCGACAUCAAGUACCAGCGGCGCUUACGAAUGGAGUGAAUAUACACAGGGAAUCAUUCUGUCCAGCUUCUUCUGGGGGUACAUGGUGGCUCAAAUACCAGGUGGAAUAGCAGUGGCUAAAUUUGGAGGCAAGUACCCUCUCGGUAUUGGCCUUCUAUUGGCUGGAGUGUUGACCCUGCUGACCCCAACGGUCGUUGAGGCAUACGGUGCAAAGGGUUUGAUAGUUCUCCGAAUCCUCAUGGGACUGAGUGGUGGAGCCAUUUACCCUUCGUUCAGUUUUCUCACGGGGCAUUGGGCACCGCCGAACGAGCGAUCGAAGAUUGGCAGCAUGAUAAUGUCGGGAUCGCUUCUGGGUACGAUAGUGGCAAACGCGCUAUCCGGGGUGCUCAUAGAAAACUCCUCGAUAGGUUGGCCAAUCGUGUUCUACUUCUUCGGAGGAUUUUCUGUGCUCUGGUUCUGCGCCUGGACUCUCUUCUGCUACAGCCGACCCGAGAUCCAUCCGUUCAUAACCGAUGAAGAAAAAAAAUACCUCGAGGAAACCAUAAACGAGGUGAACACUGGGAAGCAGGGAAAGAAACAGCCAAUUCCAUGGCGAUGUAUACUCUCCUCUCCACCAUUCUGGGCACUGGUAGCAGCCAGUUUGAGUCACGACUGGGGCUCCUACGUCAUGAUAACGAAUCUGCCAAAGUACAUGAGCAGCGUUCUGAAGUUCUCGGUUCAGUCCAACGGGCUGCUUUCAGCGUUGCCCUUCAUGGCCAAGUGGAUAGUGAGCAAUGCCUCAUCCUGGCUUGCAGACUGGCUUAUAACGGAGAAAAAGAUAUCGAGACGGAACGCGCGCAAAACCUUUACCAGCAUCGGUGGACUCGGAAUGGCGAUCUUUCUGAUCGGUGCUUCAUACGCUGGAUGCAGUCGAACGGUGGUCGUGGUUCUUUUCGUCUUGGGAAUGGGAGUGUUGGGCAACUUGUUCCCUGGAGUCAUGGUGAACAACGUUGACCUGAGCCCUAACCACGCGGAGACCCUGAUGGGCAUUACGAACACGAUAACGUCCCUCGCCAGUAUCGCCGCUCCCUACGCAGUCGGCGUCUUAACACCAAAUCAGUUUCUUUCGGAGUGGAGAAUCGUCUUCUGGAUUACAUUCGCGUUGUUCUUCACCACGACUCUUAUCUUUGACAUUUGGGGUGACGCGGAGGUCCAGCCCUGGAACGACUUGGAAUCCGUUGACCGUGAGCAGAAGGUGGUUGGUAGUGGAAAACGCAAGGAUGAAGAGUGGAUGUCGUCAAGUGAAUAGCUUAGGCAAGUUUCACGA